AUGUCUGUGUCCACAGAGGAGUUCGUGGUGAUUGGCUCCUCGGACCCCAUUGUGGCAGUGCUGGGUGGGAACAUCACGCUGCCAUGUCGUGUGUUUCCGGCCAUGAAUGUGGAGAACAUGGAGCUGCGGUGGUUCCACUCCAAUUUCUCAGAAGCAGUGUUCAUCUAUCAAAACCAGCAGGAGCAGAGAGAGGAGCAGUUGGCCCAGUACACAGGGCGCACCUCACUGGUGAAGGAAUUCCUCACCUGGGGGGAGGCCAUCCUGCACAUCCACAAUGUCCAGGCUUUUGACAAUGGCCUAUAUACCUGUUUCUUCAGAAAGGGAAGCUUCUAUGAAUCUGCCAGUUUGGAACUGAAGGUGGCAGGUGUGGGCUCUGGCCCUCAAGUGCACAUCACAGGGCCAGAGGAGGAUGGGGUCCGAGUGGUGUGUAAGGCGUCAGGGUGGUUCCCAAAGCCCCAGGUGCAGUGGAGAGCCCUCAGUGAAGAGAAGUUCCUGAUGUUCUCUGAGAUCCAUGUCCAAAAUGCUGAAGGGCUGUUCAGUGUGGAGGCUGCUCUGGUGGUGAAACACAGGUCUUCAAGGAAUGUGACCUGCUCCCUCCUCAACCCAAUCCUGAGCCAGGAGAAGGCAAUGGCCAUUUUCAUCCCAGAGGACUUCUUUCCCCAGACUUCUCCCUGGAUGUCAGCUUUCAUGGGGAUCCUGACCUUGAUGAUGCUCUUACUCCUUGGGACUGCCUACUACACCAAGAGAGAACAUACUGCAAAGUGCCAGGAGAUGCAGGAAUGGGAGAAACUCCACAGGGAAAAGGAGGAGGACCAGUGGGCAAAGGAGGAGGCACUGAAGGCCAGAGAUGAACUCCAAGCAGAUCUUGACUGGAGGAAAUCUGUUUACCUGGCUGAUUGGCGGAAGGAGAAGUUCCAGCCCUUGUCUGUUACUCUGGAUCCAGAGUCUGCACAUCCAAACCUUGCUGUUUCUGAUGAAAAGUCUAGUGUGACCUGGAAGAAUACAACUGAGGACCCAGGAAAACACUGUAGCAUCUUAGGUCGGGAGGGCAUCACAUCAGGACGCUGUUAUUGGGUGGUGGAGAUCAGGAAUGGAGACAGAAGUGAGUGGUGUCUGGGUAUCUGUAGAGGAGAUGUGGAGAGGACAUACUGUUGGAAAGAACAGAAUUGCUACCAGAACAAAGAUGUGAAUGGUGAAGAGAGUUUUCAGAUGCCCGGUGAAUUGAAGAAAGCGUUGAUCAUGAGCACAGUUCCAGGAUCUAUGUACUGCCUCUCAGUACUUCCAAGUCCAAUGAAUAAG